AUGCAUGCAUGCAUUCACGUACCAGACCGCCGUUGCAUUGAGCGGCGCAAUCAAGGAAGGGGAUUGUGCCUUUUGUACGACUGUACGCACACGCGAUCGCUCGCUAGCAGCGUGAAAUUGGGCAAAGAUGCAGCUGGUGUCAUAGCCAGAAGAGCGACGCCGCCAAAUGGAUUUGGCCUUGCUUCGUCGGCGCGUCAAAUUUCUCAACGUUGCUCGCUCGACCUUGAUGUAUCUACCUUGCGGCAGGUCAAAAAUGAUUUCCUUGCCUUGUUAAAGGAACAAAAAGGACUGAAUCGCCAUUCUCACUGGGGGGAUUUUAAGAAAAAGCUUGACUCCGAUCCACGUUACAAGGCUGUUGAUUCAUCUUCGCGCAGAGAGGAAUGGUUCCGUGAUUACACCAGAAAGUUGGAUAAUACUGUCAGAGAAUCUAGCAAGGAUCUUCUUGAUAGAGAGAAAAAGGAGCGUCAGGAGGCUUCCAUCAGAGAAAGAGAAAAGGCAGUGAAGGAGGCUCUUUCAUCUUCUCUC